AUGGAUGUAGAGAACCAGACACGGGUCACCAAGUUUAUUCUAGUGGGGUUUCCUGGGAGCUUGAGCAUGCGAGCAGCAGUGUUCCUGAUGUUUCUUGUGGCCUAUAUUCUGACUGUAGCUGAAAACGUGAUCAUCAUCCUGCUGGUGCAGCAGAACCGACCACUGCACAAGCCUAUGUACUUCUUUCUGGCCAACCUGUCUUUCUUGGAGACCUGGUACAUUUCUGUGACUGUGCCAAAGCUCCUGUUCAGCUUCUGGUCCAUGAGUAACAGCAUCUCCUUCACCCACUGUAUGAUACAGCUUUACUUCUUCAUUGCGCUUAUGUGUACAGAAUAUGUUCUCCUGGCUGCAAUGGCCUAUGACCGUUAUGUGGCCAUCUGCCGCCCGCUGCACUACCCCACCAUCAUGAGCCAUGGGCUCUGUUUCCGCCUGGCUCUUGGUUCCUGGGUCAUUGGCUUUGGCAUCUCUUUGGCGAAGAUCUACUUCAUCUCUCAGCUCAGCUUCUGUGGCCCCAAUGUCAUCAACCACUUCUUCUGUGACAUCUCUCCAGUACUUAAUCUUUCCUGUACAGACAUGUCCAUUGCAGAGUUGGUGGACUUUGUCUUGGCUCUGGUCAUCUUCCUUUUCCCACUGUCAGUCACUGUUUUAUCAUAUGGAUGCAUUCUGGCCGCUGUGUUACGCAUGCCAACAGGAAAGCAGAAAGCCUUUUCCACCUGUGCGUCCCACCUUGUUGUGGUCACCAUCUUCUACUCUGCCACUAUUUUCAUGUAUGCCCGACCCCGAGCUAUCCAUGCCUUCAACAUGAACAAAGUUAUUUCCAUCUUCUAUGCCAUUGUCACACCAGCCCUCAAUCCUUUCAUUUAUUGCCUAAGGAACAGAGAGGUCAAAGAAGCGCUAAAGAAAUUGAUCUAUUGCCAGGCUAUCCGAUCUGACUAG